AUGCCUGACAGGAUUAAAAUGCCAACGCCUGACAUCAGAGGGACUCAUCAUCCAAGGAUCUACCAGAGACCACAGGAAAACAUGGGGAGAAUUUUCCUCACUGACGAAAAAGCCAAUUCAGUAUUAAAACGCUACCGAAGAGCGAAUGGACUCUUUGAAGAAAUAAGACAGGGCAACAUUGAGCGUGAAUGCAAAGAAGAAGUCUGUACAUUUGAAGAGGCAAGAGAAGCUUUUGAAAAUAAUGAAAAAACUAAGGAAUUUUGGAACACGUACACGAAAGCACAACAAGGAGAGAGUAACAGAGGAAGUGACUGGUUUCAGUUUUACCUUACCUUUCCAUUAAUCUUUGGCCUCUUCAUUAUCCUCCUUGUCAUCUUCCUAAUCUGGAGAUGCUUCCUAAGAAACAAGACUCGCCGACAGACGGUGACAGAAGGUCAUAUUCCUUUCCCUCAACACCUCAAUAUUAUCACUACACCUCCCCCACCAGAUGAAGUCUUUGAUAACAGCGGGUUGUCCCCAGGCUUCCUGGAAUACGUGGUUGGGCGCUCAGAUUCCGUCUCCACUCGCCUGUCCAACUGCGAUCCCCCUCCGACCUAUGAGGAAGCCACCGGCCAGAUGAACCUACGGAGGAGUGAAACAGAACCUCAUCUCGAUCCGCCUCCGGAGUAUGAGGACAUCAUCAACUCCAACUCAGCCAGUGCCAUUCCUAUGGUGCCUGUGGUCACCACCAUCAAAUGA